AAGAGAGAAAACAUCACUGUUAGCUAACGGUUGUUCAGGUGUCUAAUGUCCGCGACACCAGCGGCUGUAAACAACACAGCUAAAAAUCUUAGCAGGCUAGUCUUAGUUAUUGACAACGAAUUCUCAUCACUGGAUGUGACUGUGGCAGCCGUCGACCAUGAGCAACAGUCACCCUCUGCGUCCACUGGCCUCCGUCUCGGAGAUCGACCACAUCCACCUGCUGUCGGAGCAGCUUGGAGCCCUAGUUCUCGGUGAAGAGUACAGCGAUGUUACCUUCAUCGUGGAGGAGAAGCGCUUCCCCGCGCACCGGGUCAUUCUGGCAGCUCGCUGUCACUACUUCAGGGCCCUGCUGUAUGGUGGGAUGAAAGAGUCCCAGCCCCAGGCAGAGGUGCCUUUGGAGGAGACACGUGCUGAAGCCUUCUCCAUGCUUCUACACUACCUGUACACAGGCCGGGCCAGCCUCAGCUCCGCCAGGGAAGAGGUGGUGCUUGACUUCCUGGGUCUGGCUCACCGUUAUGGCCUUCAGCCGCUGGAGGACUCGACCUCAGAGUUCCUCCGCACCAUCCUGCACACCAACAAUGUCUGCCUGGUUUUUGAUGUGGCUAGUCUCUACUCUCUGAGCAUGCUCAGCGCAGCCUGCUGUGCCUAUAUGGACAGACAUGCACCUGAAGUGUUGGUUUCCGAUGGCUUCCUCCUGCUCUCCAAAACUGCUCUUCUGACUGUGGUCAGGCGGGACUCAUUUGCUGCCAGUGAAAAGGAAAUCUUUCAGGCCCUUUGUCGGUGGUGUCGGCAGCAUGGGGAGGGGCCUGACACAAAGGAGGUAAUGUUAGCCGUACGGCUGGCGCUCAUGACCCUGACAGAAAAGCUGAAGGUGCGACCGUCUGGCCUUCUGAGCCCAGAUGACCUGCUGGAUGCCAUCAAGACCCGCUCUGAGAGCCGCAACAUGGACCUUAACUACCGGGGAAUGCUCAUCCCAGAGGAAAACAUUGCUACCAUGAAAUAUGGAGCGCAGGUAGUGAAAGGGGAGCUGAAGUCAGCGCUGCUGGAUGGAGACACCCAGAACUAUGACCUGGAUCACGGUUUCUCCAGACAUCCCAUCGAGGAGGAUGGCAGGGCUGGGAUCCAGGUCAAGCUGGGCCAGCCGUCCAUUAUCAACCAUAUCCGCCUCCUGCUGUGGGACAGAGACAGUCGGUCGUACUCCUACUACAUCGAAGUAUCUAUGGAUGAGCUGGACUGGGUGCGUGUUGUGGACCAUUCCAAGUACCUCUGCCGCUCCUGGCAGAAACUCUACUUCACACCACGUGUUUGCAGGUACAUUCGCAUUGUGGGAACACACAACACGGUCAACAAGGUCUUCCACCUCGUGGCUUUUGAAUGCAUGUUCACCAACAGCCCAUGUACCCUGGAGAAUGGACUUGUGGUGCCCAGAGAGAACGUGGCCACCAUCGCAUCAUGUGCCAGCGUCAUCGAGGGCGUGAGCCGCAGCAGAAAUGCCUUGCUCAACGGUGACACGCGCAACUAUGACUGGGACUCAGGCUACACCUGCCACCAGUUGGGCUCCGGAGCCAUUGUCAUCCAGCUGGCUCAGCCCUACUCCAUUGGCUCCUUAAGGCUGCUGCUAUGGGACUGUGACGAGCGCUCAUACAGUUACUACGUUGAAGUCUCCACCAAUCAGCAGCAGUGGACGAAGGUGGUUGACCGCACCAGGGCAGCGUGUCGAUCAUGGCAGACCUUGAAGUUUAAUAACCAGCCUGCAUCUUUCAUCCGUAUUGUUGGGACACACAACACUGCCAAUGAGGUGUUCCACUGCGUUCACUUUGAAUGUCCUGCUCAGCUGGACAUAGAAGUGAAUGAAGGCAGUCCGAGCCUGGACUCAUCUGACUCUGGGACUGCCUCUCAACAGCUGCGACCCCAACGACCAUCACGCACACACACCCUGCUGCCCUCCCAGGCCUCUUCGUCGUCAUCGUCGUCCUCACAGUCCCAUCAUUGAGUGCACUCGCCCUAUCGUUGGAAGAUGUUGAGAGGAAGGGAGACUUCAGAAUGCAUUUUUGCACAGCCUUCAACAUCCAGAUUGCACUGCUUUAGCGCUGCUAAAGGCGAUUGUCUCAUUGUCAUAAGUCGUGGUCCUUCUGUCAUAAGUGCAACAUUAGAGACUGGUGUAUCUGUAGCAGAAGAAUUUAGGGCUCCAAUCUUCCCAGGUUUGAAACCUAAAGUUAGGUAUUACACCCAUAAGCUCAUACAUUUUUGUGAAGGUACUUUUUAGCUACUAAGACUCAAAUUAUGUCCCUUCAAAGUCAUCAAGGUGGAGUCUGUACUUCUCCAAAGAUGAGGCACGUACUGAAAUGUGGUUCUACUGUACCACCAAAGAGCAGUGAGACCAGGGUGCGGUUGCUGUCAGGGUUUUACAAGUUAUCCUUAAACAAGCUAUUUUUUUAAGGACAGUUGUCUUAAAACAACUCCACAUACCUUUCAUACCGUCAUUGUAACAGAAUAGUAAUCAAAUAUUUUUUGAGGUUUGGAAUUAAAUUCUUCAACGGUUUGCCAAAGCUAUGGAGUGAAUGCAUUCUGUGGUGUAUGUAUGCAAAUAGCACAUAAUCCAAUUCUGCAUUUGCAUAUUAAGUAAAAGCUGAGCAUUUGUUGACAGACUUUUAGACCUAAAAACCAAAAUCUGUCUUUAUCUGGUGUGGCAUUUUCAUAGUUGAACUUCAUACUUCAAAAAAAGAUAAAAUUAAACCUUGAUUUCAUUAAGUGUCUUAAUUUGUAUUUUAAGCACUUAAAGAGUUUAGCACAAAUGACUGGGGGAAAUGGAGCUGCUGAAAUUGGGGCUGAGAGGCUCGGACCAAAUUACAUGUGCACUAGGGAGGAGAGCUUAUUAACAGUAUGUACAUGAGCAGCUGCUGUUGGCACUUUAUUUUACUGAAGAACACAGAGAUAAAGGUUACAGCGUGGGUCUUCUGACAGAACUACACAACUGUUUGGUAUCUUUUUGUUUGUAUGUUAAAUUAAUUUAAACACUUCCUCCUCUUGGAUUCGUCUGGUCUGAGUUGAUUUCUAUCAUUUUGGAGGUUUGUUUUUAAAUUAAGUUGCCAGUGCUGUUUCCUCUUUGUUUCUUGUGUUCCUGAUGUUGCACUUUGGAGUUGUCUUUGAAAAAGUCUUCAUUUUGAUGUUAAAUAACCUGAAAUAUGUUACUACCCUGGGUGACCCGCUGAUAUUCCCAUAAUCCUUCUUUAGCCAUCCCCAUCUAUAUUUUAGAAUAUUAUGCAUAGGUUGCAGAGUCUUCCUUAAUAACCAGAAAACUGAAAUAAGGCUGUGUUCAGGUUAUGUUGUAAUGGAGAAAACACACUCCUCGUCCCCAUCUGAUGUUAUGUAUGUGCAUAGUUUUAUUAUAUAUUACUUUUGACCGUUGAAGUGUGAUUGCAUUUCACUGCCUCCUUUUGGAUACAUUGCUUGUCAAAAAUGUGACUAUGGAAACAACUGACAUGAUUUAUUACUGUUCAUUGCUGUGAGGGCUCAUGCCCAUCUGCUUGCCUGAAUUGAUGCUGUUAAACACAGUGGAGGUCUUUGAUACAAGCAAUACAAUGAUCUUUCUUCUG